GCGAUAGUCGAAAAUAUUCGACCGUCGUCCAUGCUGUUCGAAGGGAGAGAAGAUCUAGGCUGACCAGAGCCUGAAGGAAAGGUUUUGUAGAGGGCGAAUAGGACAGUCGGCAUGUCUCAAACAGAGAGCCGUGAAGGCAGAAGUGGCGAUCGUGGCAGCGACAGGGAACGGGGCUCCUCAGCUGUGGAAGAAAUUGCCAGCAAAAUGCUGAGGAUCCAAAACAAGAGAUACUACGUGGAUGUGAAGCAGAACUCGCGUGGAAAGUUCAUCAAGCUUGUCGAGGUCCUCAACAAUGGCACCAGGAACAAAAUCAACAUUCCAAUGCCGGUUGUUGGAGAUAUACGCGAUCGCUUAACCUCGUUCGCAGAUUUCUAUGCCCAGCUGGAUCCAGCCCAGACAGGGCAGGUUCCAGAAGAAGGAAAACUCAAAAGUGAAACUCAAAGAAGUGGUGGCCGAAGAUACUACUUCGAUUUGAAAGAGAAUCAAAGAGGACGCUUCUUGAGGAUCAGCCAGCUGACCCAGUUUGGCGCACGUGCCACUCUUGCUUUGCCGGCGCAGGGGAUUGUUGACAUCAGAAACACGUUGUCUGAGUUCCUUGAUCAGCAUGGCGGCGAUGAAGGUGCCUCAGAUGAAGAAGAGGAUGGUGAGCUGCCCCAAGCAAAGGAAAUGCGUAUUGAACGCAAAAGAUUCUACUUUGACUGUGGGCGUAACAACCGAGGCUCUUUCUUAAGAGUUUCUGAGGUGACAAGUAAUUUCCGUAGCUCUAUUACAAUUCCCAGGCAGGGCCUAUCAAAAUUUAAAGACAUCCUUUGUGAUUUAGCCGAUGAGCUGAAUGCAUGAAUUGCUCAGUGAAGAUUUCGUAAGAGAUUGGUAUAAUCAUGGUAGCGACAAAGCAAUCGACAUUACUGAAAAAAUUAAAGACUAUACCAUCAUUUGCUUUAAUGUUAAAACUUAAUGUACUGUUGGCACUUCGGAAUGAUCAUCACUGCAACAAACAGGGGUCACGUUAGUUUAUCAAUUUGGUUGUUGUUGUUGUCAUUGCUGUUGUACUGCUAUUGUUGUUAGUGUUGUUGUUGUUGUUGUUGUCAUUGUUGUUGUUGUUGCUGUCACGUGUGACAUGGGCUUGAUUUUCUAUCGUUGUGGUUAUUAGAGGUAUUGGCAUUCAAAGAUGGUAUAUUCCUUGAUGGUAAUAAUUGGCAAAUAUGGCAUAGAGUGUAACUGUGGGUUGAUAUACGAAUGUACCUUGUAAAGCUUGGUGUCAACCCCUCCAGCCCCAUAAAAAAGCUCCCACCAAAGAUCGGUUGCCUAACACAGGCCCGUUUUUGUACCGCUAUUGCCCUUUGCCAAACAUGGUCAAUUCGAUUCUGUUAUCAAUCGAGUUUGUUUCUGUAUGGAGAUUCUUUUAAAACCCUUCAGAUCAUGAACUGUUUUCCCGGGCUGUCCAUAAUGUUAAGAGACAUUUAAACACGAUACGAAGCAGUUUACACGAUUCAUGGAAUCGUUUUCUAGCAAAAUCUUAAUGAAAUGUUUGCUCUAUAGUUGGCUCCUAGCAUUUCAUUAAAGGUUCUUAGAUGCAUUGGCGACAAAUGAUCGUCUGCGCAACUGUUUAUGUGCGACAAAUAAACAUAGUUAUUUGUAUAAGUGUAUGUCCACCAUCUUCGAUAGCUUGUACUUCCUAACACACAGAUCUUCUCGCUCAGUGACAAACGAUUGGACAGUAAAUCAUGGCAUUCUGUCAGAAUUAUUGUGAACUUCACUACUGUGUGCCCUUAAUCAGGAAAAUUUUCUUUGUAACUGGAAGAAAAAAUUGUAUUCUGAGCAUUAAAAAAAAGUAUCAAAAUCGAUCUGAAACUUUUGAGAUUUUUUUGAUACCAUGCAGGUAACUGAGUGACUUCUAAUGUGCACUUAGUUGAUUGUGUUAAAUUAGUUUAAAAGGUCAUAAGUUUGUUUUAAAAACCAAUCGCCAAAAGUCCUGUAAAUUCUGGUUCCGUUAGUAGAUAUCCACAAAUUAAUAAGCUAAGUUAACAUCUGGACCAUUUGCGACAAAGUGACAAGCCGUUUAAGCCACUUUUAUAAAGUGAUUUGCAUAUAAGAUGCACUGCAUUGACUAUUAGAAGAUAUAUACUUCAUGUAAACAUUGUGUACUCAUUACGUAAGGCACUUAAUUUUGCCUUUAUUUGCCAGAUAUUUUCAUCUUGGACCGUUUUCAUUUGAUUUUGGAUUUGAAAAUUGUGGUUUAAUCAAAUGCACAGAUUAUUAAAGAGUUAAUAACAUGGAUAAAUAAUGUGUGAUUA